AUGAGUAAAGACUUUAUUCAUCCUCCAUGUAAAAGAUUUGGAAGAACUAUAUUUGAGAAUACAGGAUUCAAUACAGUUCGUGCUCAUCAUAGUCUUUAGAAGGAUGGUUGUACAAGAAUUUAAUCUUUAGUAAUGAAUUAAUGUAUAUUGUCAAAUAGAAAUUUUUGGCAAGAAAGAAUUGCAAGAUGGAUUCUUCAAUUAUUAUGAUGGGACCUAAGAAACAUAAUAUUUUAAAGCUUAGAACCAAUAAAGAUCUCUGUAUCAAUGGUUGGGAUUAUGGCGAGAGUAAUUUGAGUUAACAGAAUUAGAGUAAUACGAAACCAAAGAAUAAAAUAGGGAUUCUUUAAUUGAACAGAUUCGCAAAGGAGAUGAGAUUAUGUAAAAAUUAGAGAAGUAUGAUGACAAGAUUAGAGAAAUCAAUUUAUAUAAUUUUGGAUAUUAGGAUAGAUUCAUACAAUUAAUUAAUAAUUAGUUUAAAUUACCUUAAGAUAAAUAAUAGAAGAUAGAUAAAGUAAUAAAUUAUUAUUAAAUAGAUCUAAGCAUUAAAAAAAUAAAUGAAAAAAAUUCAUAAAUAAAAUCAAGAAACACUUACUAAAAUUAGUCAAUAAGAUAUUGAUCCUAUUGAUUCUACUUCUAGAAUUAUGUCAUCAUCAAAACAAUCAAAUUAUUAUUAAUUACCCAAUUAUAGUGAAUGCUAUUCAAUUAUUAAAAAAUGUGAUACUGAAAAUAAUUUGAAAUCUAGAGAAACAGAAUCCCCAAAUUUAAAACCAAUCUAAGAUUCUAAAAAUAAAAUAUUUGCAAAUUAUAUAAAAAGAGUAAGUAAAUAAAAUAGUUAACCUGUUAUAUUAUCAAAUAGAACAAGUGUUAAAAAUAAUUGGAAACCUCUUAAAAAUUUACUUUUAUGUAGUGGAAUUCAAUUAGGUGAAACUAAAACUUAAACAAGAAAUAAAAAUUAUUACACACAAACUGUAUUUUUUCCAAGUGAAUCAAAUAUAGCAAAAUAUUGUUCUUUGUAAUAAUCAUAAUGUUAAUUUUGA